AUGCCUCAACUGUUAGGCCCCAGCGUUCCACCCGGGAUUCAUCCACAUGAUCAGUACCAAUCGCUUGAAGUUCAGCCAUACAAUCCAAAUGGAGGUUCCAGACUGGAGCAGUUCCACCAUCACCACCAUACAGUCGUGGACAUCCCAACCGGUGACGCUCCUCAGCAGCACGCUGAGCCGGAUGACAGCCAUCUGGAAAGGCUCCCCCCUCGAACGGACUUGGAACUCCUGCAGCAGAAAUACUCGGAAUUGCGGGAAGCGCUGGACCUGUGGCAGCGAAGAGCAAGCGGAGCGCAGCAGCAGGCCGAUGCCAGCCACGCGCACCUGGUUCAUCUUCAACGUGAGAACUGGGAGCUGGGCAGCGAGGUGGUGAAGCUGCGGCAGGAGGUGGCGCUGCUGGGGGGAAACCUUAACGGUCAACUGUCCCUCGUGCAGGGCGCCGUGGUUUCGGAGCUACAGUCGCAGCUGGCGGAGCGGCUGGCCCAGGUAUGUGGCCUACAGGAGGAGGUGGCGGCGCUGGCGGCUCAGCUGCAGGCGGCGGAUCGUGACGCAGCGGCGGCGGCAGCAGCGGCGGCGGCGGAGCGGCAGCGGCUGGCGGCGGAGCUGGGUACGGCACGACUGAUGGCGACGGCGCGGGGCCGCGGAGCGGAGGAACUGCAGACGCAGCUGGCACAGGUCAGUGAGGCUGCGGCGGAGGAGAUCGCGAAGCUCCGGUCCGAGCUGGCUCAGGCGCUGGCCAGAGCGGAAGCCGCGGAGGCGGCAGUGGCGGCGGCGGCGGCGGCUGCCGAGCGCCAGGUGGCCGAGACGGCGGAUGUACGGCGGCAGUUGGAGGAGGAACGUGGAGCCAAGGAAAGGCUGGCAGCGGAGUUGGAGGUGGUGCGCUGCGAUAUUCGGGACCUCAAGGCAGCGAAUGAGUGCCUGGAGGCGUCGUUGGAGGCGCAUCUGGAGGGCCACACGGGAGGGGGAUCCAGCGGCGGCGUGGGGGGAGGUAGCGGCGGCGGCGGCUCGGCGGUGCUGCAGCUCCACAAUGAGCUGCGGCGGAUGCAGGCUGAAUCCAUGGCCGAGCGGCACUCCCUUCAGGAGGCGCUGACACGUGCCCGGGAGGAAGCUCGUACUGCCGUACACCAGGUUACUUACCUGCGGCAACUACAGACGACGCAGGCGUUAGAGGAGCAGCUGGUUUCGGAGCGGGAUCGCGCCGACGGGUUGCAGAGGCUUGUAUCAGAGCUUCAGGAGCAGCUGCAGGCGGCGCUGAGUGUCAGCGGGGGCGGGGGCGGGGGCGGUUUUGGCGAUCGUCAUGAGGAGGUGGCGGCGACGAUGACAAUGGCGACGAGCGACGUUGACGGCGCCGCCGCCGCUGCCGCGGCGGCGGCCGCGCUGGAACCGGACGCUGUGGCAGAAGCGCGGUCUCUCGCCCACUCGCUGUUCAGCGACGACGACGACGACGACGCUGACGUUGAGGAUGUCCGCGACGGUGGCCGCGCGGUGUACGGCGAGUGCGGCAGCGCCGUACAGACGGACGAGCAAAUGACGGGUUCGCCGUCCAGCGGAGGGGAUGCCGCCGCCGCGGCGGCGGCGGCGGCCGCGGCAGCCGCCACCGCGCAGACGAACCUUUUGCUCUCAGCGGCGCGUGAAGAGAUCGAGAGGCUCAAGGAGCUCAACGCACGAUUGGCGGCAGCCAAGGACCCUCGCCGCUAUGUGGCUGUGGAGAAGGUGCAGACUGCCCUCGCGGAGGAGCGACAGAGGGUCAGACGUGAGGCGGAUGAGGUGAUGGCCGCGGAGACGGCGCUCGCCCGGCGGCGUUACGAAGCCCUGGAGGUGUCCCACGGGUCGCUGCAGGCGGAGGUGCACAGCCUGCGCAGACAGCUCGAAGCGGCAGUGGAGGCGGCGCAGGUCUCUGAGACGCGGCUAAGACACGGCUACGGAGCUUGGCCGCUACACAUAACCGAUGCGGAAAAGGUCGCGCGGGAUGCUCGGGUUUCGGAGCUACAAAAGCGGCUAGACGACGCCGGGGAGCAGCUGGAGGCUGCACGUGCGCGAGCCGAGCGACUCAAUGAGGAGCUGGACCAGGUGCGAGCUGAGGCCGAGGCCGACGCAGCAGCGGUGCUUGUCGAGGCUCACGCUGCCAGCGCCGCGGCCGCACAACGGCAGUUGGCAGCUUUGCGCAGCAGCUUGGCGGAGGAGCACGCGGCGGCGCUGGAGGCACUCCGGACGCAGCUGGAAGCGACCCACGGGUCGGCUAUGACCGAGGGAGCAGCGCGGCAGGCGGCGCAGGUUGAGGAGCUGCGGCAGCGACACGCUGGGGAGGUGGCGGAGCUGCGGGCCCGGCUGGAGGCGACCCAUGGGUCGGCCGCCGCGGAAGCGGCGGCACGACACGCAGCGCAAGUUGCAGAACUGCGGCGGCAGCACGACGCGGAGCUGGCGGAGCUCCGCGAGGAGCUUGAAGCGACCCGUCGGUCGGCCGCUGUACAGGUGGCGGAAUUGGAGUUGCAGCGCAGCCAUGCGGAACAGCUGGCUGCAGCGAAACAAGACCGCAACGCGGAUGACGCUGCUGCGACAGCCGCGGCGGCGGCGGCAGCACACCAGCAGCAGGACCAUGCAGAUUGUUUGGCGAAGCUGUCCGAGGACUACUCGGCCCAGCUGUCGGAGCUCCGAGACCACCACGUAGCGGAGGUAGAGGUGCUUUGUGAGCAGCACGCCGCGGAGAUCGAAGCCCUUUGUGGGCAGCACGCCGCCGAGGUGGAGGGCUUACGGAAAGAGCACGCGGCGGAGGCGGAGGGUCUGCGACGGCAGCUGCGGGAGGCGGCGGCGGACGCGCGGCGGGAGGCGGCGGCCGCUGCAGAUCAGAAAGCGGCUACGGCAGUGGCGGCAGAGCGUGAGGCGGCGGCGGAGGCGCGAAGGCGUCUAGAGGAGGAGUUACGGGGCCGGCAUGCGAUAGAGGUGCAGAUGUCCAAGCAACAGGCGGAGCUGGCGCGUCAGGCGGAGCAGCUGGAGGCGGCGCGGGAGCAGCACGAACGGGAGCUUGCGGCCCUGAAAGCGACCCACGGGUCUGCCCUGGCGGAGGCAGAGGCACAGCACGCGGGGAAGCUGCGGGACGUGCAGCUCAGGCAUGAACGCGAGCUGGGGGAGUUGCGACGCCGCCUGGACGCGACCCACGGGUCGGAUGUAGCCGAGCUGGCGGCGCGACAUGCGGCGCUGGUAGAGGAGCUGCAGCAAAUGCACGCGGGGGAGCUGGCGGCGGUGCGCUGCGAGGCAGAGACGACGCGAGGGUCGGCGAUUGCAGUCGCGGACGCGCGGCAUGCGGUACAGGUCGAGGAAUUGGCGCGGCGCCACGAGCAGGAGCUGGUGGCGCUGCGGCGACGGCUGGAGGCGACCCACGGGUCGGCUCUGGCACAGGCGGAGAAGCGCCAUGCGGCACAUUUGGAGGAGCUGACGCGGCGGCGGGAGCAGGAGCUAGCGGGGCUGCGGCAGCAGCAUGCGUCAGCGCUAGAGGCGGCGGAGGGGGCGCACGCGAAGCAGGCAGCGGCGCUGGCGGAAAAGUACGACACGCUUUACAAGGAGCGCCUGGCAGCAACGGUCAGGGCGCUGCGGGAGGCACACCAAUCGGAGAUGCGUCGAGUGGCGGCAACUAUGGGCGCCGAGGCGGCGGCGGCGGCGGCGACGCUGCGUGAACAGAUGGAGGCGCAGGUGGCGGAGGAGGUAGCGGCGGCUGUGGGGGCGUUCCAAUGGCAACGGCAUGGGCAGCAGCACGCAAAUGAACGCGACAAGAUGAUGGCGACGAACGCGAUGGCGACCACAACCGCGGGGGUGAUAGCAGCUGCUGCUGCUGCUGCUGCCGUCACCCCUCUCGCCGAUCGAACCAAUGGCCAAAUGGCGGCGACAGCGCCGCUGCCGCCGGCCCUGCGUGCUCCCACCACCAAUCCAGCGGCUGCCACUGGACUCGCCGCUAGCUGCGACGGCAGCGGCCGUGGCGAUGGCGGCAUCUGGGGUGCAGCCUCUGGGCGGUUAGCCAGUCGAGGCGAUGCAUUGCGUGGUAGUAGCGUCAGCAGCAGUACGGGAAGCGCCAGAAGCGGCGGCGGCGGCGGCGGCAGCGGCGCCGGGGAAGCAGAUGGCUGGCUUCCGCGGCCGCCGUCCCCGGAGCUGUGCGCCUCACCGCAAAUGCACCGCCACUGCGCUGCCUCCGCCGGCGCCGCCACCGUCAGCGGCGGCGCGGUACCGUCCGAGGCUUUCCCCGCCGCAGCGCCCACUGCCGCGGCCGCCGGCGGCAACACCAGCCUCCGAGCAUCUGACGGUCAGGUGCCUAGGCUGGCGAUGCCCGCCGCACCGCCGCCGCUGCGGCGCACAAGCAGCGGCGGUGGCGGAGUCGCAACGGCGGCCGCCGCGGCCGUACCCGCCGCCGCUGGCAACGGCAGCGUGCUUGACUCGCUGCUCGGUCCUCAUCACGAGGCGCGACUGCACAGCUUGCGCAGCGGCGCCCUGGCGGCGUCGUCAUUGUCCGCCGCCGCCGCCGCCGCCGGCAGCUCCGCUGCCGUGGCGCCAACGGCGGCGACUGUGCCCCAGGCGAUGCCGCGGGCGGCGGCAGCAACCUCGACCACUCAGACGGCGCCAAUCCCCCACGUGGAUGCGACGCGUGCACCCGCGCCGCUGGCGGCUGCACCGGCAGCAGGGGUGUUGGCAGCAGCGGCGGCGAGGGCCCGAAUCGCAUCGUGCAGCAGUAGUGCGGGGCUGCCGGGUCUUGCUACGGGUCUUAUGCAGGGGGGCUUGCCGGCUUGUCGCAGCAGCUUGGAUGAUCGGUUGCAAGCCGUGGCCAGCGCUACGGUUGCAGCAGACGCGGCGGCGGCACUUCCUCUUGGAUCCAGUGGCCUGUCGUACAAAGGAGGAGCGUCGUCUGUGUCCGGCGGUGGGAAGCCGCCAGAAGGACAUCCCCAGGGCGGUACGGCACGCGGCAACAGGCUUGCGGCUGCUGCAUCGCUCAGUCUUUCGGAUCUGAGCGCGGCCGCCGCUGCCGCAAGCGGCAGCGGCGUCAAGGGCGUCCCCGGGCGCUGUUUGGGGUCCCGCCGGUCGUACGGCAGUGAGCUGGCGGCGCUGCCGUCCGCAGCUCCUGUCGUUGGGGCCAGACGACGGGGCAGCGAGCCCGGCGACCGAUUCGGAAGUAGCGUCGCUUCCGCUGCUCCCGCUGCCGCCACGGCCGAUGCGGCACCCCGCGCCGCCAGCGGCGGUGCCAGCGGCGGCGGCGGCGGCGGCGUCACUGUCAGCCUGGCGGAGCUGGGCCGUCCCCGAGAUUCCUCCAAAGCUGCUGCGGGAAGGAGCCAGGGCGCAUGA